UAUGUUUUCAAAGAAUUUCACGUCUGCUGUUCUGUAGCAGCUCUUUCACUCAGUACAAUACGUCUGGUGAGCGGAUGGAAAGGCCGAGCUGGGCCGGGAUCCAGGUAGGCAGAUACCGGCUGAGAGAAGGAGGAGGAGGUGAUGCUGAAGUUGCAGUUUUUGAGGUAUUAAACCAGGAAAAAAACCUUUCUGCAAGUGAAUAAAGCCAAUGACUGAAGCCUACGAGCAAUGGAUACACAAAAAGUGAAUGGUGUAUCUCCAAAAGAAAAUGGAAGUCACAGAAGACCACCUUGCUAUUCUGUUGAGACACCUUAUGGAUUUCAUUUGGACUUAGACUUCCUUAAGUAUGUUGAUGACAUUGAAAAGGGCAACACCAUCAGGAGGGUGCCGAUUCAGCGUAGACAACGUGGGCGGAGCAGUGGGUCCCUCUCACGUAACCUUAGCCUACCUGGACAUGGGUGCAGGCCCUCUCAGUGGAACUCAACUGGCAUCUUAUUUCCCAAGCCUCGACUGGCAGACUCUCACCAGCGCUAUGAGUUUCGGUCUACUGACAGUAGUUCACCUGGUUGUAAGCCUUCCUACAGUUCCUUCACAACUGCUGAGAUGGAUGCCACUAUUCAGGCUUUUGACGAGCAGCCUUUAGGACUUCACGUAAGGCCAAAUUUACUGCGGGCCACUAGUUUACCACUUACAGUGUUACUGAGGAAACGCUCCGAAUCCAAUGAGGACCCAAUCAGCCCCAAUGGUUCAAGGGACUACCUUACACAAGAAAAUGGAUCUUCUGAAGACGUCUUCCACAGCCAAGAAAGAAAGACAGGAGGGGUGAAUGGGACUCUUCAGCGACUUACUACAGCUUUACAGCGAGUGGGAGAACUAGAAGAGGAGAUCAGGGUUAUACCAGAUCUCAAAGCACAGAUUUGCAUCCUGCAAGAGGAGCGAGAGAUGCUUCUGCACAAAUUCCAAUUUCAAAAUGACAGCAAAGGACCACUGGACGUUUCUACUGGUGUGCCACAAAGCUCAAAUCAUUCAGGCCUUCCAGCACAAGUUUUGGAGAAUCAGAACAAAGCAAACGAUGACUGGAUGAAUCGAGAGUAUGAUCAACUGGAAGAGAAUGUCAAGGCUUCCUCUGAGCAAGUUGAUGCAAUGGUGAUACCCUUAACCUCAGAGAGAGAGGUCUCAGUGACAGGAAAUCUCAUUAAGACAGUCCAUGAAAACAGAGAUCCUUUGGAUCAUGGAGACAGAUACAAGUCCCUCACUGAGACGCUGCAGAGGAAAGUUGUAAUGCUGGAGCAGAAGCUCCAUGAACUCGAGUCCGAGCUGGACAAGACAAGAGAUCAACUAAAGGAGCAGGUGCAGGAGAGCCGUAUGAAGAAUGAGAGAAUCAAGGAUCUGAACAAACAAGCUGAACAAGUCUGGGUCAGAGCAGAGAGAACGGCAGUGCAUCCAGACAAUGCGAUGAAUGGACAAGGCGUACAGAUUUCACCUGAGAGUGUGUCUGAAAAGUCUGAACCAUCUGUUCAAAAUCAGUCACAGGACUCAAGUAAAGGUGGCCAAGUAUGUUUAGAAGAAGGAGGUAAAUCUCAUGCAUCAAGGGGACCUGUGAGGUCGCAUGCUGAGAUGGAACAUCAUGUGAAAAGAGUAAAAGAGCUCCUGCAUGAACAGUGGGAAUGUCUCUGCAGGAAAGAGUCAUCAGGAAGAGUCCUGUCUUCUGAACACCUGCCCCCACGGGUCUGCUCCAUCCAAGAACAGCUGGUCACUUUAGUCAGCCUCCUUUCACUUUAUGUAUCCCCUGCAGGAGAGGUACCACUACCAGCUCAAGAAUCCAAGAUGGUGGACCCACUUUCUGUGGCGAAUAAGUCCAGGACAGAAUGUCCUACAAGAGUUGACGCAAGAGCAAUGUCUGGUGAAGGAAAAGAUGAAGUGGAGAGUAUCAUCAGUCCAAAGGAACAUGCUGAGAAAGAGUCUGACCACAAGAUUUUCCACAGAGAAGCAGAGCAGGCAAGCAGUAUACUGAGCACCAAAGAGGAUCAUACUCAUGGUGGAGGUGACUCAGAACAGAUUAUGAAAGACGUACAUCUGCUAGAACAGACAAGUGGAGCUCAAUGUCCAGUGAAAGAUGAGGACAAGCAGGGUAGCUCAUGCUUAGGAGCUGAGUCUGAGGAGCUAUCACAAGAGGGAGGAGGCAGGGAGGCAAAAAUUGACAAAGACUUCAUGGCUGCAUGUUACUUCUUAGAAGACCACAUGAAUGAAGUGUCCAACCCAAAUGAUGAAAUGAGGCAGGCUCUCACAGUGGUGUUCCAGCAGUGGUUCCACGUGUCUGCUGAAGAAGACUCGUGUGCAGACACAGUCGCUCUGUAUCUUAAUGAAGUGUCCACAAAAACACCCACCAUCCUUCAGUUUCUGGUGAACAUGGUGGACGACAAUGGGAACACGGCCCUGCAUUAUAGCGUGUCCCACUCUAACUUUAGCAUCGCCAAGCUUCUUUUAGACACAGGUGGGUGUGAGGUGGACCUGAGGAACAAGAUCGGAUACACAGCCAUUAUGCUGGCCUCUCUUGUACCUGUGGAUUCUCCAAAGGACAUGAAGGUGAUCCAGAAGCUGAUGGAGCUUGGCGACGUUAAUGCGCAUGCAGGCCAGGUGGGUCAGACAGCCCUCCACCUGGCGGUCAGACACGGCCGGGUGUCCACAGUGCAGCAGCUGUUAGCACAAGGAGCUAACAUUAAUGCUCAGGAUCAAGCGGGAACCACCGCACUGAUCAGCGCCUGCGACCGUGGCCACACCGACAUCGUCCGCAUUCUGCUGGAGCACCCCGACUGCGACAUCAACUUAACAGAUAAAGGUGGACGCAGUGCCCUGUCACUGGCCACACAGGCCUCCCACACGGAGAUCGCUGACCUACUCAAAGACCGGGCCAAGAACAGAGGCCCCGACAGAUGCAAGAUGGCUUAAAGAGUGCCUGCUUUCUCUGAAUGCUUUCUCCUGUCUAGUAUUUCUCCAUGCAUGCAGUAAUCGCUUUCUGACAAACGCCACAGUCUAUCCUCUAACGGGUGGUCGUAUGCAGUUUGUCCAGGCAUCAGUACAGAUUCUGACAUAUUUCAUUGUUAUUAUUAUUGUUUAUUAUAAUUUGAUUAAUUGCAGUGAUAUAUAUGCUAAACUGUUUAGAAAACCACUUUCUACAAAUUGCACUUGCCAGGAAAAUAAUACCACAUAUAUGAUAAUCAUAUUUAGAGUCUGAUGUGCUUUUGAAUCAAUAAGCAAAAAACGUUUUUCAUCCCUGUGAUGUAUUUGAUAAAAGCUUAUUUUGCACAAUACACAGAGUCAUUGCUCUAA